GGAACCUUUUCAGUUGUAAAUCUCCGAUUUCGUUGAAACUUGGAAAAUUUGAAGGUUAUUCAUGUAGAAAUCGGAUGGCACUUGAAAUUUUUCCUAAACCUGACAUUUAGUUUUCCCCUAUAUAAGAUGGGAGAAAGGUGUUAGAAAAAAAUAUUUUUUGAAAAAUGGUAAAGCAGUGUUCUAAGGGGUAACUCGUCAAAGUAGUGCCCUUUGGGUCAAAAUUUUGUCCGUUUUGCUCUAUUUUGAACCGUUAAAGCGGUAGAGGGAUAUUUGGAGCAAAAAACAGUGUCAGGCUUAAGUAAACCCCCAAUAAAUGUUAACUUUAGGAAAAGUUUCAAGUGCCAUCCGACUUCUAUUAUAAUAACCUUUAAAUUUUCCGAGUACCAACGAAAUCGGAGAUUUACACCUGAAAAGGUUCCCUUGUUAGAAUUACGUGACACGGAAAGAGAUCAGUGAUGGAAUUGGACGGUGACAUCGGCGUCGCAGAGCAGCUGGGGGCCGAGGCCGAGCAGUGCUUGUCGCUGUUGGCGAGGAGGAUGCAGCUCCACGAGAUGAAGCUGGACGCGCUGUCCGCGCGCGAGGAGGCCGCCCGCCUGGAGGUGGCGCAGCUGACGAGGAGCAUCAAGCUGCGCAAGGACAUGGAGGCGACCUACACCCGGGAGGCGGCCGCCGCCCGCGAGGAGCUGUCCGAGAAGAGCUACUUGUUCCAGGAGCUGACGCGUCGCGCUUCCGAGCGGCUGUCCACGCGGGCGCUGCAGCUGGAGACGGCGCGCCUGGAGGCGCGCACCCGGGACCUGCAGGCCAAGGAGCGAGCGCUGCAGCGGGAGCUGGGGGCGCCCGUGGACGAGGCCGCGGUGCAGGCGCUCCUCCAGGAGGUGCAGGGUCUCCACAGGAGGUUCGAGAAGGUGUCCUCGGAGCACGAGAGGGCGCGCGCGCUGGCGCUGAGCAGCGUCCAGGAGGCGAGCGACGUGCGGGCCGUGCGCGUGCGGCGGCAGCGGGAGGAGGCCGAGUACCACCGGCUGCUGGAGGAGGCCGUCGAGGACAUGACCCUGCUGCUGGUGGAGGACGAGCUGUCUGCGGGCGUCAUGGACGACGGCGCGGCCGGAGACGGGGUUGCCGCGGCCGCGGCCAUCCUGGAGAAGGGCGCGUCCUCGGAGGUUCCCCAAGGAGCCGGAGCGUCGAAGGAUGUGGCUGAUGUUCUGCGGACGCACCUCCGACCCCCGGAAGUGGUUGUUCCUGUGCGCCGCCUGCUGCAGGCCGGAGCUGAUGGCGAUAGCCGGCAGAUCGUUCGUGAGGCCCAAGUGGUCCGUGCCCUCUCUGCGAAAGACUGCUGGCCCCGUCCCUGCUGCUGCACCAGCGCUGCCGCUGCUGCUGAGCGAGCCCACAGUCCGCGCCCCUCUCUCCGCCCACGAGUCCCACACGACCACCGCCGCCGGGAAAGGACCUGCUCACCGGCCGCUCGCCGCCUCCACCCCCGCCCCGGCGGUCCCGGAGGGGGUGAUGGAUACCGACGGCUCCGACGCGUCCAACGCGACGCCGCCGUACGCCGAGAGCGUGGCCUGGUCGCGGCCGGAGGACACGCACGAGUACCUCGUGUACAACCCGUACGCCUCGCCGGUAUCGCCGACCCUGCCGACGGGAGCGCCGUCCCCCGAGCAGCCUGUCGGGUCGUACGACGCGGCGCCUGACGACGACGGAGUCCGCUGCAAUACACCGGAGGAGCGGGUCGUGUUCCAGUCGGCGACCAGCGGGACGGCUCCGGGGACGACAUACAUCCCCACUGUGCCACUCUACUCAACGCCGUAUUACCCAGCACUGGAAAUACUCGGGCAUGAGUACGGCCACCUAUCAGCUGUAGAAAAUGUUAGUUGAAGAUGUUUUGACUGGUAAACGAAAAUUGACCUGAAAGAAAACAAACUGGUUGACUAGGUCAAAUAAGAAGGUUGUUAAAUGUGUUCAUGACUUGUACUUAAAUUUUUAUGUAUGUGUUGUUAUAUAUUAAUGCGUUUAUUAUUGUCAAAUUAUUAUCAAAGAUUAAAUUGUUAUUGAAUGUU